AUGUCACGAAAGAAUAAGCAAAAUAAUUCUACGUAUGCUUCGGCAUCUGAUUGUUCAAUAGCACUUUAUUUCUGUUCCCAACCUUGUAUGGACAAGUUUAUUGCUUUGGAUAUAGAUGAUUUAUACCGGGAAAGUUUAUUGAAUGUGGAAAGUCUUUUCAUUAAAGGAUUGAAUCAAUGUCAAUAUGAUCUUGAAAGGAAGAAACAACAAGAAGAAGCAGAAACAGAAGCUGAAUUAAAAUUAGAAAAUGAAUUAAAACAAGCUAAAGAUAUUGAAGUAUUCAUCUCUCAGAAGUGGCAAGAAGCUGAAAUUAAUUGUCAAUUACAAUUAUCUAAAUUAAAACCAAAACAAAGAAAAAGCUUUAAUAAUUUGAUUUAUUUAAUUCCUAAAAUUAAUGAAAAUGAAUAUAUCGAAAUUAAAUAUAUUAUUGGAAUACUAUUUCAAAUGUAUAAACAUGAUAAUUGUGAAAACAACAAGUUAUCAUCAGUAUCUUUAUCCUCAGUGGAACUUCAAAUUUUUCAACUUCUUCAAUCAAAUGAUAUUGAAAAAAUUUGUAAAUAUCCUUAUUUACUUUAUUCUUAUACUAAUAAAAUUUAUAAAUUCUUAAAAAUUUCCACAUUGGAAAAACUUCAAUCAUAUAUUAUUCCAUCUAUAAUUCGUUCAAUCAUUGGUAAAAAAUUAACUAAUGCCUAUGGAAUUUGGUCAAUUGAUGAUGAACCAGAUGGAAAUAAAGAAUUCUUUGGAUAUUCAUUAUAUCCAUCAGCUUCAUUUUUUAAUCAUUCAUGUAAUCCAAAUUUAAUUAAUAUCGAAAAGGGAGCAAAAAUUAUUUUUAAACUUUUAAAAAAUAUUUAA